GGCUGGGCCCCACUACCACCUAGCCAAGCAGAGACCAUGGCCUCUUGAAGGAGGACCUCCAUCGCUGCUCUUGCUGCCCCCAUUGCCACACUUACUGCAACACACUGCAACUGCAACAACGCCUCUUCCUCUUCUUCUUCUUCUUCCUGCAUCAGGGAACUGUGUGUGUGUGUGUUAGUGAGUGAGUGAUUGAGUGAGUGAGUGACGGGACCUGAUCAUCGAUCUCUCACUAGCACACUAUUACUGCGGUGUCAUUCACUCAAUCUGUCGUCUCGGUUAUCGGUGGCUGCAAUCGAUUGAUAAGCGUUUCAUGCAGUUGGAGUUAAGCGCUACGGAGGUCUGAAUCGUGUUGACACCCUUAGACACGGAUUCUAGAAGGUGUUGUUGCGCGAUCGAGAAGAAUUGGGGCUCGGUGGUGGUGGUGGUGAAUGUGGAAGAGGAGGGGUCCGUGUGUGCAGUGUGAGUGGGUAUUCUGACAGGCCAGGGAGGAGGAGGGGUAAAGGGGGGGAGGGGGUGUGGGUUGUGGGUUGUAGAGUGGGUUGUCUGCGACAAUUGGUGGCUGGCUGCACAUGUGAAGGUGCAGACAUCGACACUUGGUUGCAGUUCAUGCGUCGCCUUGCAGGCUGCUGACUGGACCAGCUGCACCAUCAUCGAUCGGGAGUUCUGCCUUCGGUCGUCCCAUCUAAGCGUUGUUGUUUGUAUCCAGGGGCUGUAGUCUCAUCCUCCAAGGAAAUUGUACAUUCCCCGUUUGCAUGGUACAGAGUGGCCACGUCUCUGUGGGGGGCCUUCAAUACUCUGGGUCGCUCAGUUGCAUUGCGACCGUGUGGGAGUGAAUGCAGUCAGUGGGAGUGCCAGGCUUGUGAGGUGACCGCCCGAGGAGGAGGAGGAGGAGUGCGCAAGCUUAAGUGGACUGCUCAAGCCCUUUACUGAGCAGGUGUUUGUAGCGCCGCAAGCGAUCAGGGUGUGGAGGAGUGAGGAUAAGAAAAAAUGAAAAUGAAAAACGAAAUUAGGGGCUAGUGUGCCGGUGUUCGAUGUAAAGGAAGGAGGUGAAGCAAGGUUUUGGGCCAAGCGAGAGGAAGAACACAUUUGGGAGUUUGUGAUGGACCUGCGACGCGAUUCCGUUUCGUUGAACAUGGACAUUUCGCCGUGGGGCGGGCAGGAAUAUUUAGUGCCUACAUCAUUUGGCUCCGUUACAGUCACUGUGUGUGGAGAUCAAGAGAAGCCCGCUCUUGUCACCUACCCCGACGUGGGACUGAAUUAUUUUUCUUGCUUCGAGGGGCUCUUCUCUUCUCCUGAAGCUUCAUCGGUGCUCUUCUACAAUUUCUGUGUGUACCACAUCGACCCACCCGGCCAUGAGGUUGGCGCACCUGAAAUUUCUCCUGAAGAGUACUCUCUAUCUGUCGAUGAUUUAGCCUACCAAGUUGCUGAAGUUCUUGACUAUUUCGGAAUUGAUGAAGUUAUCGGCUUGGGAGCCACAGCUGGAGCUUAUAUCCUCAGCUUGUUUGCGUGCAAGUACCCAGACCGUGCAUUAGGGCUCAUCUUGGUGUCACCUGUUGCCCAAGCUACCUCGUGGACUGAAUGGCUGCACAAUCAGGCCAUGAUUAAUCUUCUGUAUUUCUGCGGUAUGACCAACUUUGUCAAGGAUAACCUUAUGAAACGGUACUUUGGUUUGGAAGUGCGCGAUGCAGCAGAUGCAGCAGGAAGGACAGACGUGCUACAAACUAUCCGUCAAAACCUGGACGACAGGCGAUGUGAAAACGUUAUGCGCUAUCUGCAAGCAAUUCAUCAAAGACACGAUUUGACCGAGAAUCUGAAAAAACUGAGGUGCCGGACGUUGAUACUAGUUGGAGAGGAGUCGCCUUUCUACCAUGAAGCCUUGCACAUAAGCAACGCUAUGAAUAGACGUUACAAUGCGUUGAUUGAGGUUGAAGGCUGCGGUUCAUUAGUUACGGAGGAGCGACCACAAUCCAUGCUGGUGCCAAUUGAGCUAUUCCUCACGGGCUAUUCCUUCUACCAACGCCCACUGAGGUCUCUUACUUCAAGCCCACGAAGCCCUCUCAGUCCUCUCUGCAUGGCCGCUGAACUCCUGUCACCAGAGAGUCUGGGACUGAAGCUGAAGCCCAUCAAGACCCGCGUUUCUUCACCAGUGCAAUAGGCAACUUGCACAUUUUGAUAUAUACGUAGGAGUUGGACCGUGAUGUUGUACAUAAUCCUUGAGUACCAUCAAAUUGUAUCUUUCCGGUUGUGCUAAAACUCCAACAAGAGUGUAGCCCUCUCCCAAUAAGGUGUGGUAAGCAUGUCCCUACUCUACACCCCCAGUGAGCAAUGACAUGCUUCUUACACAGAAAUGAUGCGUGAUUCCUGGUGAAUGUCACCGCAAUAGACUGCAAUGCUGCGUUGUUUCAAUAAAGAAUCUGUACACUAGCAGUCAAACUUACUGCCCUCAUGAACACCGCAAUUUUUCGUUGUAAUUUGUGUGACAACAAGCUUCUUUCAAUAAAGAGUUCUGUACACUAACAUUUC